CCAUUAUUCACAUGUAGAUAUUUUGUUUAAAUAAAUCAUAUCGAUUUCAAUCAUUAAAUAUGUAUGUAUGUAUUUAAAUCUUAUCAGUGCAAUCAAAAUCUCAUUGCUACGUAAAUCUAAUUCAUUUAUCUACGAAUAUAUCAAUGCAUUAAACAAAUGAAUAAAAGAGUUGAACUUUCAAUAGUCUAUUAAGUUUAUCAUUAUAAACUUUAUCAAUUUGUUAGGUAAAUAAAAUUUGUAUUUGAAUAGAGUGAAAUGAUGAGAUUUGUUUGGUUUUUAUAUUUUCUCACAUUCGUAACAUCUAUUUAUAGUGGUGAAAGUGAUGAUUUUGAUAGAUUUUUUGGUUCGGAUAAACCUAAAAAUUAUUAUUCCCAUGGUAACUAUGACAAUCCUGAUGAAUACUCAUCGUAUUAUGAUGAUUAUAAUAAUAAUAACAAUAAUGGAAAAGAAGAUAAUUACUAUUCGAAAGAUAGAUAUGAUGAUGUUAAAGAACCAAGAAAAUAUGAAGAACAAUCCGAUUAUAGUUAUCUUCCAAAUCCCCAUAAACAAUAUGAAAGUAAUGAAGGAAAUAAUUAUUAUGGAAAUGAUCAUGAUGAUUAUAAGAAUGUUGAUAAUGACGACAAUUAUAAUGCUGGAGGUUAUGAUAGUUAUCAAACUUCAGUUAAUGGUAAUUAUCAAACACAGGCGCCUGAUUAUUUUGCUCAUAUAAAACCCAAAAAUCCUAAGUUCAAAUAUCAUGACCGUAUACUAUAUAAUUGGGAUGAUUAUCAACCAAAUACAAAUUAUGAUUAUCAAUAUAACGGAGUGAAACCAAAUAAAUAUAAUGUAUAUUCAGGUAACAAUGCAGAAGAUGAUGAUGACAGACAAGAAUCUGAAUCACGUCGUACUACCACGAGACCUGAUGACGAUGAUAUUACAUUUUGACACUGAACUCCAUAUAUAACAACACUAUUUAUUGUUCUCUAAGCUGACAUAUUAAUAAUAUAAUAUCUUUAGAUUAUGUAUCCAUAUUUUGGGUCACGUAAUAAUAAAUACGUAAUAGGUUAUUGCUAUUCACAUUUUCAUUACCUAUAAAACAUAUAAUAUAUC